AUGAGGAUUCAGCCUGAUAUUAAAGUUUUCGCCAUUGUGAGCAUUUCUCUGGGAUUUUUGCACUUCACCAGCGGCACAGGUACCCACACCGGCAAUAAUGGAGUUGGUCCAUUUCAAAAUAUAGCCAAUCGAGCCACCUACGGUCCUUGCACCAGCACUGUUGGCGCUGGAACAUGCAUGAGACGAGCAGAUUGCCUGGCAGCCGAUGGAGAAACUCCACCGGGAGACUGUGGAGUGAAAGGAACGUACUGCUGCACUGCUUUCCUUGGAUGCGGUGGAACGGCACAUCUCAAGAGAGUUUACAUUGAGCGCGAAGGGCCCUUCGUCACAAACUGCAAUCACAACAUCAUCAUGAUUAAUGAAAAUAUCUGCCAGCUGAGACUUGACUUUGAGUCGUUCCUGUUGGCACCACCAACGGAUAUUGGGGGUGUUCCUAUGUGUCUUGUCGACACAUUCCAGGUGAAGGACUUCCAAUUGUGCGGUGUUAACGAUGGGCAACAUGCCUAUGUUGACGUCACUCCUGGCACGCAGCUCAACGUGGAGCUCUCGUUUACCCUCAUGGAUCGCGCACUGAAUCCUGCCCUUCCGGAUCCUCAGUGGAGAAUCCUCGUGACGCAGAUUGAGUGCGCUCCCGGAGCUGUCACAGUCCGCACUGGGAGGGACUUGAUUGAGGAUCUCUCUGCGGAGGACGAGUAUACAAGAGAGCCCAGAGUUCUACACAAUCAACCUCCGGCAUACAUCCUGGACCAGGCAAUUCUCGCCCCGCGCGGUUGCUUGCAGUAUUUUUCCACGCCCAGUGGCUUCAUCGAGUCGUUCAACUUCAAUCAUGGCAUGGGCACCUAUCCCGGCAACAUGCACUACGCCAUUUGCUUCAAGAGGCGCCCCAAUGACAAGAGAAUCACAUUCACAUCGCUCUUCUUCCAAUUGGGCUUCACAAUUCUCUCGGCGGAUAACGAGGGCUACGAUAAUAUUUGCUUCACCCAAAUUGAGUCACCGGGACGCUCGGAAGAUUACCUCUUCAUCCCUCAAGCGAUUCGGCAGAGUUUCCCCAACGUACGUGCCAGCUACUUCUGUGCCCAGAGUUUAGCAAACACUUCUGUUAUUGCCACUCAGCCUGGGCCCUUCGUCAUUCACUUCAACAGCGACUCACUGUAUGAGCCCCAGCGACCAGAAAUUGGAUUUCGGAUGAGCUAUCAAAUCAGUUAAACGAUUUCUCUCCAUCUUCGUGCGCCCCACAAUUCACACCCUGGGAAGAUUAAUACGUAAAAAAUGAUGGAUUGAGUACUU